AUGCUGGCGAUUAGGACUCUUAUUAGGAAUAACACCCAAAUCUACAAGAAUGUUGCUCAGCAAAGGAAAAUGAGCGCAACCGCUGUUCCUGCCAGAAGUAGAGUUACCAAAGGCGAGAUGAUCUUCUUGGCGUCUACAAUGGUUGUCGGCUGGUGUGCAAUCCCCGCUUGGGUACUGGUCAACCUCAAGAACUACCGUGACAAGGAAUGA